AUGGCACCAGGAACCCGUGUCAGUAAAUGCCAGAUCUCGCGUCCCAUUCUAAUCGGAAACGAUGCAAAACCAUUGACGCCAGAGGAACGAGCACAUGCUCAUACGGACCACACGCAUACUUGGAGAAUUUUCGUAGAAGGUGUUGACGGAGAAGAUAUUUCGAAAUGGAUUAAAAAGGUCGUCUUCAAACUGCACGAUACCUACAACAACUCUACGCGGAGUAUAGAGUCCUUGCCAUUUGAAGUCAUUGAAACGGGUUGGGGAGAAUUUGAUAUCAUGAUUCGUAUAUUCUUUAUGCCUGAGACCCAUGAAAAAUCACUCACCUUCUAUCAUCGUUUAAAACUCCAUCCUUACGGUCCUCGCAUGGAAGAGGAAAAAGCCGCUGGCGGCUUAGUAGAAUCUGUACAAUACGAAGAAAUCGUUUUCAACGAACCUUUUGAAUACACAUACAAACUCUUUUCCGAAAAUCCCAUCGGAGAUGGUCACGGUUUAGCUGUUGAGUCAGAACCAGAUCAUCCGUUCUCUCAGCAAUUAGAGCAGGACGAAGCUGAUAAGAUGGAGUUGGCUUUACAACAUGUAAAAAAUCUGACCGAUACAUACAAACAGCAAUUAAAUGAAUUACAAAGCCAAAGGCUUCCAGUUUCCUAG